AUUGUCUGUCCUAUCGUCUUAAGUAAAUCCCUUUCAAGGAUUCGACGAUCGACUGGCGUAACGUUUGGUUUGACAACUUUGCCAUCCAAACCUGGAUCGACCUUCAUGUCUAGUUUAGGGCGGAGAUGUGCCUUCAUCGCGUUUCUUGUCGUUUUAACGGGCAGGCUUUCCUUAGCGCAGUCGCCCAGCAUCGUCGAUGCGAUAAGAUCUAAAUCGCUCUUCUAUGAGACCUUCAAUGAUAAGGAAUGGGAGUCCCGAUGGAGUCAUUCUCGGGACGCCAAGUACAACGGCAGGUUCAUAACGGAUGCCGCGAAAGGGUGGACAGACAAUGGACUCAAGAUUCCCGAGAAGAACAAGUACUAUGGCCUGACAGCUCUGCUGGAUGCACCCGUGGAGCCGAUUGUGGCGAGCAGCCCCAAGCCGCUGCCCCUUGUCGUACAGUACGAAGUGAAGUAUGACGAGGGGGUCACGUGCGGCGGUUCAUACCUCAAGCUUCUGACAGCUGACCCUGACCUUACACCGGAAGGUCUGGUGGACAGCACGCCGUACUCGAUUAUGUUCGGACCAGACCGUUGUGGUGGUACGAGCAAGAUCCACCUCAUUGUACGGCACCGUAACCCCGUGAACGGGACCAUCACCGAGAAGCACCUCGCCUCCCCGCCCUCCCCGGAAACCAAUGACUACACACACGUGUACACACUCAGAUUAUUUCCCGACCACAAGUACGAGAUCCUGGUUGACGGCAGCCUGAGGUCCUCCGGGGGCCUUAUGGAGCCCACCACCCUGCAGCCCCCGCUGCUGCCCCCCCUGGAGCUACCCGACCUACAGGACGUUAAACCCGCGGACUGGGUGGAUGUGGCCCAGAUCCCCGACCCGCACGCCGUCAAGCCCUCGGACUGGGACGACCGCGAGAUGGUGGAGGAUGACAAGGCCACCAAACCCAAGGGCUGGCUGGAGCACGAGCCCGCCCUCAUCAAUGACCCCGCUGCCAGGCGCCCCGCGGACUGGGACGAGGAGGAGGACGGCCAGUGGGAGCCCAACCAGAUCCCCAACCCCCGGUGCAAGGUGGGAUGUGGCCCCUGGGCGAGGCCCUUGAAGCGCAACCCCGCGUGGAAGGGAGCCUGGAAGCCGCCCCUCAUUGACAACCCGGAGUACAAGGGUCCCUGGGUUCAGCGGACUCUCCCCAACCCGGACUACUUCGCGGAGGAGGAGCCCCUGCGGACCGGAGUGGGGCCCAUCGGGGGGGUGGCGCUGGAGCUGUGGACCAUCGACAGCGGCUACAUGUUCGAUAACAUCCUCAUCACGCGGGACCUCGAGGUGGCGGAGCUGGCGGUCAACCAGCUGUGGAAGCCGCGUAACGAGGCGGAGCGCCGGGUGCAAGUGAAGCCGGUCGAGGAUGCGAAGGAGCUGGCGAAGAGGAAGAAGAAGAAGGCGCAAAAGGGGUCGCGGUACGGCAUUGAGCAGUUGAGGCAGUUGACCGAGGCCUUCCUAGACUUAUUCGAGGACGGUGCCGUGCUAUCCCCCCUGGCUCCGUACCUGGGCCCCUUCCUCGACCAUCUCGAGGACCAGCCGGACUCGCUCAUCCUGCUGGUGGGCCUGGGGCCCCUGCUGCUGCUCACUGCAGUGCUGCUGCUGCGGGGGGUGGGCUCGGGCGCCCGGAAGCCGAGUGCCGUAGCCGCCCAUACCGCGGGCGGGGAGGAUGUGGAUGCAGCCGGGGAGGGUGCGGGUGAGGGUCAGGUCAGCCCGGCAGCGGACGGGACUGCUGAGCCGGUGGGGGCGGCUGAGGCGAGGGAGGGUGACGAUACCGGGGAUCAAGAGCCGGCACCGGGAGCGGAGCAGGUCGAGGAGACAGUUGAACAGGCAGAAGCGGCGGGUGAGGAGAUUGAAGAGGAGGAUGAGCUUGUUGCCUCAGGCCCGCGUCGUAGGACCCCUCGUGUCGCUUGAUGUUGUCUGUGACGUAACAAAGAAUUUGAACACAUUAUUAACGAUCAUUAAAACAUCUAAUGCAUUCAGCAUAUGGGCAUUUAUGAGGGGAGCAAAUCACCUCCUUAUGAUGAUGAUGAUGAUGGAUGGACGUGUGAAGGUUGGUCCGAUUAAGAAUGGUCGUGUUCGGUCUGAGGGGGUGUUUUGGACGGUGGUGACUUGUUCGGUGAUGGUAGAGUCUAGCCAACCUAUUUGGCCAACACGUGCGUCAGAGGCUGCUCCGGUAAGAGGACAUCACAACUCGAGUUGUCUUGGGGUUGUGGGUGACCGGGGAUCCGGUGGCUGGGUUACCUGUAACGCUAAACAUUUAUAAGGGGGUGUCGUGGGAAGUUGUGGGAGGCCUGUUCGGAUACCUUGAACCCGCAUACGCGAGUGGUGGGUUUAGCUACUGUCAGGACUUCCAGCUGCUUGCCGCGCCAGUAGCUAGGUGGUCAGCUAGGUAGCUGGGGCUGGCUUGCACGUCCCGAGGUAGGAAGGUUAGCAAGGCAUGACUCCAAAUCUGCCUGCCAUACGGCUGUGAAGUACGGAAGGCCAUGUGGCGAGGGAAGAGGCGCCCGCAGUCGUGGUGCCUGCUGACCUGAGACUUCCGCACCGGCCAACCUACUUAAAACACAUUCGUGUCCUGCACACCACACCAUAUGUAAUACGACAUGUUC